AUGGGUGAUUUUGAAGAUGAUAUCGACGAUGCCCAGCUGAUUGCAUGCCUUGAAUCCAACGAAGUAUCGAUGUUGACACGUCCAAACAGCGCUCCUGUUUUUAUAGCUCCGAAGAGGACUGAUUUCCCUGGUUUUCCCUACCCAACCCCCUAUCCGCAACAGAUAGAUUUAAUGCGUUUUUUCUAUGCAUCGCUUGCCUCAUCAAAAUGCAGCAUUAUUGAAAGUCCCACUGGAACGGGAAAGUCUACCACCCUUCUCGCAAGCUCCCUCUACUGGCUCCUCGACCACAACCAGGCAGUUGAAAAUCACCUCAGCAAUCUUAGAAACUUUCUUUUGAGAGAAGCCAGUCAAAGUACUGAUGAGCCAGACUGGAUUGCCGCACAUUCUCGAAGGCGCGCACAAAGAUUACAAUUGAACAAAGAGAUGGAACCCUUGGAAGCUAGUCAGAAGGCUCGAACAAAGGCGUCCGAUAUCAUAAAGCGUGCUAAUGAAGUCAAAAUUCUGACUGAGAAACCAAACCCCCGGCAUACAAAAUCCGUCCGCGAACGCAUCUCCCUACUCCCUGAGGCAGCUGACAUGCAUUUGGGCAAGUCAGCUGACGACUUAUUUUUGCCGGAGACAGAGGUCCUGUCUGCCAGACAUGCCAGCGACCAACUUUCGCCCAACAUCGACGAAAAUAUGGAAGAUUGUCGAGUCUUGCAGGUGAUCUACUGCAGUCGUACACACUCUCAAUUAGCUCAGGUGGUUGGUGAGUUGAUGAAAAUGAAGGACCUUUCGGAUAAAGUAACCGUGGUGACUCUGGCCUCACGCCAGAUGCUCUGUGUAAAUAAAGCCGUUUAUAGUCUCAAGAACCAGGCCCUGGUUAGGGAGGCUUGCCUCGAUCUUACAUGCUGUAAAUUUCGCGCCAAGGACGACGUUGAUGCGCUUUCUGAUUAUUUAUUGGGAACUCCCCUAUCUGCCGUUGAGGCGGCGUCCGUGAUUCGAGGCUCAGAAGGUACUGCUAUUGAAGAACCUCCUGUUCAUGCCUGUCCCUACUACGCUAACAAGAAGGGACUGCCGCUGGCCCAGUUAGUGCUCACCCCCUACCAGACAGUAGUUGUACCGGGCAUACGAGACGCCACCGGCCUUUCACUCCGCAAUAAUGUCAUCAUCUUUGAUGAGGCACACAAUCUUCUCGAGGCUGUGGCCGCCUCGUUUUCCGCCGCCAUCUCCUAUACCGAACUGCUUUCAGCCGGUCGGCUUAUCAGUGCCUUUUCCGACUACUACCGCUCGCGUCUUUCUGCUAUUUCCGUCCUGCGACUAAGACAACUGAACCUGGUUAUUAUGGGUUGCGCUAAUCUGCUGGACGGGAAGUCCAAGGGCCUGAGGGCUCAGGUCAGACAGCGCGUAGAAACCGAAAAUCAAAAUUCGAGCGAUGAGGUCGUCUACACGGUCCCCGAUUGGUUGUUUGUUUCAGGCAUAGAUCACAUCAAUUUGAGUUACCUUGUCGAAUACUUGCAAAAGGAUAGAUGCGUUCAUAAAAUUGCUGGAUUCGGCAAGUGGUUUGGCGGCAGGAAUAAGAAGGACGUGAAAAAAGGAACGAAAGCUGAGGAGAACAAAUCAGAAUUUGGUCUUAGUCUUUCAGAUUGUCUGCAAAAAUUAAAGCGUCCACCGACCUCCUCUGUGCAAAGCCUGAACGCUACCGAACAACCAGCGUACAAGCGACUAAAGUCAAAUGAAACAGAUAAUGUGCCUUCCAGUGCCACGUUGAAGGGAGCGUCCCCGGAUCUGGAAUCGUCGGGUCCGAGUCUGUUCGCUCUGCUUUCCUUCCUCGAGGCUCUGGUAAAGAACGACCUCGGAGGCGACGACGACGGACGUCUCAUCGUCAAGCCCACGUCACCCGCGAGUCAGCACCAGAAGCAAACGAGUGCUGAUCAGAUGGCCGGGUGUAUUCGCUUCAUCAUUCUGAACCCCGGGCGCUAUCUUUACGGACUUGAUAGUCCCAUAUUCUACUCCUUAACAUGGCACUUUUCUUUACUAGAUGUUGUGAAAGAAGCACGCAGCGUGGUACUCGCAGGUGGAACAAUGAAACCGUUUGAGGAGUUCACCGACCAAGUGUUCCGCCCAGCUGGAAAGUCCGAAUCCGACGUCACGUUGUUUUCGUGUGGUCACGUAAUUGAUGCAAAACGACAACUUGCCAUUUAUGCACCAUCUUUCUCGCCUGGCGGUGUCCCGUGGGAUUUCACCUUUAAGAAUCGAAACAACUCCCGGCUGAUCCACGAAUGUGGCGAAUUUUUAAUUGAAGUCUGUAAGGUCGUUCCGGGUGGUGUCGCCGUCUUUUUCCCCUCGUUUGAUUAUCUGUCUGCCGUGUGGACACAUUGGAAUUCCACGGACCUGUUCUCCCGCCUCCAAAUGACGAAGAAGGUUUUUAAAGAGCCUCGAAGUGCGACAGCUUUGGGCCAAGUAAUGCAAGCUUACGCUGCCGCGGCGACCUCUUCUAGGCAGGGCGCCUGCAUUGUCUGUGUGAUCGGCGGCAAGCUAUCAGAAGGCAUCAACUUCAAUGACUCUCUCGCGCGCUGCGUCGUAGUUGUCGGUCUACCCUACCCAAAUAUCCAUUCUGCCGCUAUGCGUGAGAAAUUGCGUUUUAUGAACGAGCGUUUCGCGAAAUGCCAGAAGGACGGUCGGACAGUCGGGCAGGUCUUUUGUGAGGCGAUGUGCAUGCGCGCUGUGAACCAGACAAUCGGUCGAGCCAUUCGACACGCCCGUGACUACGCCGCCGUCUUCCUGCUCGACCAACGCUUUGCCAGACGGCAACUGCGCGACCAGCUGCCCACGUGGGCCCAGGACGCCAUCACCAAUCCCACGCCCCGUCUCGACCAACUCCGCAUUCACCUCGAACACUUCUUUCAACGCAAUGCUUCAAGCUCACGUUGA